UGAUCAACCGCAUGUACAACUCGGGUAUCAGCGAGCACAAGCACAACAUAGAGCGCAUAGGAACUGGAGUCAAGAGCUUGGAUGCGGCACUGCUCGGUGGACUGGAAAGCGGGCGGGUAAUUGAAAUCAGUGGUGAAGCAAGUGCAGGCGUCAGAGAGGUUAGUUAGAAGGAAAGGAAGGGAAAAAAAGAAAGAAAGAAACAAAAGUCCAACUCGAUU